AUGAUUUAAGGAAGGAUUUCAAUUGUUUCACUUUUAAAAAUAAUAAAUGCAAUUUUGCAUCUUAUUAGAGGAAUAGGAGGGUUUUAUUAUAAAGUUUAGGUUUUAAUAAGAGAUGGAUUGAUUUAAUUAGAUGAUUUAUAUGUUAAGCAAGAAUCAUUUGAAUCAAUACUUGGAUGAACUUAAUUUGAGACUGGAUAAUUUUAAACUUAACUUGCAGAUGGUAUAUUUGGACUUGGACCAACAUAAAAUUAUUCAUAAUAUCCUCCAAAUUUGAUAGAUUUUAUAGCAAAAAAAGAUAAGGCAUUAUAAUUUAAGAGGAGAUUUUCAAUAUGCUUAAAUUAUGAUUAUGGUAUAUAAGUGUUGAUGGAUCUGACUAUUUAAGAUAAGAUCCUGAUUUUAAAAUAAAUAAAAUCAAAUACUCACCUAAUUAAUAAUAUUAAAUCAACUUAAUAAAUAUAGCUUUUGGUGAUCAAAUUUUUACUAUUUAUGAUAGUAUUCAUACUUAAGGUUAAGGAACAUUUAUUGAUUCAAGAGCUACUAUUUCAUAUAUGGAUCAUAAGAUAUAUCAUAAAUUAGUAUAGGCCAUAAAGAUUGUAUCGAUUUAAAUUAAACUCCGAUUAAAUAUAACAUUUUAUCCUAACUUUUAUUUUAAAAUAUUUCAUACUUUGAUUAUCAUUCAUAUUUCCUUUAAUAAAAUUAAAAUUUUUUGGAAACCUUAAGAUUAUUUGUUCAUUUAGAAUUAAUAAGUUUUUUUAGGAGUAGAAAAAUAUUAAGAUAGGACAAUUUUGGGAUAAAAUUGGACGAGAAAAAAAGAUUUUCUUUUUGAUUUGGAUUAAUAAGAGAUUUCUAUUGUAUCAGCAAAUUGUACUUUAGAUUAAUUUAAAUUGUAAGUUAUCAAUACUUUUGAUUCUGAUGAUUAAACAUUAAAAUAAAAUAUAUAAGUUGUAAAAAAUAUUAGAUUGCCAAAUUCACUAAAAAAAAUAUUGAAGAGGAAUAGAAUGUAAAUUAAGAGUAAGAUACUGAAAAUGUAGAAAAAGAUAAUAUAAAUAUUCCUGCCUAAGUGAAUGAAGAUGAUGAACAUUCAUGGUUGGAAAUAUUGUUUUAUAUUUUUAUAAUUAUUAUUACAUUAAUGGGUAUAUAUAUACAUAAAAAUUUUUAGAAAUUAAAUAACUAAAUUCAUAUAGAUGAUGAAGGAUUAGAUAAAAUCAGAUGUAUAUCCUGGAUCAUAACCGGCAUUAAUGAAGUAGGUAAAAUAAAUAAAUUAGUUUAUUGAUCAAGUUGUUAAAUCAGAUAAAGUUAGAAAAGAUUUUUGGAAAGACUUAAGAAAAUAAAAAUAUUUGAUAAGAUUGAAUAAAAGAGAGACUUAGAGCUGAACUUGGAUCUGAGUAUGAAUUCUCAGAAGGUUCAGUUGAUUUAGAUGAAAUGAGAAUUAAUUAAUCAGAGUUUCCCAAAUAUAUGGGUUAAGAUCAAAAAGAAUUUAAUCACCUUUUCCUAUUGAUAAAUAAGCAUAAUAAGGAGGAGUAGAAGAAUAGAUACCUUAAGAAUUAAAAAAAGACACUUUAUUGUCAUUAGGGGAAAUAAGAGAAGAUUAAGAGGAUGAAGAUUAAGCAGACAAAAAUGAAUUAGAAAGAAUGAAAUAAUACUUAAGAUAACAAAGAGAAGAAAAGUCAAUUAAUCCUUUGCUUUUUUUAGCUCAAUAGAUUUGCGAUAUUAUUGCUGCAAAUAAUUGA